UAAAAAACUGCCCUUAGAACUUCUCAUUCUAUAUACAUACAUUGUAACAUAGUUUACGUACAUUAAAAAUUUGAAGCUAGAUGUUUAGUUCUAUUAGUGAAAUGGAUAUGUAAGUAUAGGAGAAUGUGUAGAGAGUAGUAAAAACCCCAAACUAAGGUUUCGUUUAUUAUAACUAAAUACAUUGCGCAUUUAGUCAUUCAUUUAGCAAACUUUUAAGCAGUAAGAAUGUGGUUUUGUAAAAUACUAUUAUUAGCUUACAUGCAACUAGUCCCUAUUAAGUAAGCAUACGUAUUUAUAUAGUAUUCAUAAUACAUACUCACUUGCUAUGAAUAUUUCAAGAGGUCAAUGUAUUGUAAUUAAUUAUGACGUAUAAAGUAAUUCUCUUGUAUGUCAAUUGCAAAUUCAUGUUACGUUAAAAACGAUUAUAAAUUUUUAAUAUGGAAUAAAAUUACAUGUCUUUAGAAGCAUUACUGCUGUUAUUGCCAUUAUCAAAUACAUUUACAUACAUAAAUGUUUCUGUUAAUAAUAAGUUCAAAGAGCGCGUUGACCGCCAUUACUUGGGUGACAAUAAAUUUCAUUCUACUUGCGUCUGCGUAUGAUAUAAGAAUGUUGGGACUACUUACGUCCGAUUAUUUUUGUAUAUUUCGUAAUAGUGCUUUAAAAUAUCUAGUCAUUUGCCCUUUGUAUCAACAUAUACACACGUAUGCAUAUUUACCUGUACAUACACAUUAUAUAGCACUGUUCUUACAUACAUACCUACAUACAUAUGCUGUAUUAAAAAAUUACAAAAAUAAAUUAAUGACAGUAAAACCAUUAACUACUGCAAAAUAGCCAGAAAAUGUUGGUUUUACUUAUGUAUAUGGGAACUCAUAUAAAACAAUGUAGACUGUCUUAUUAAAGUUAGUUUCAUCGAAAAUUUAUACUAAUUACAUUCGAAAAUGUCUCCAAGUACGGAAAAUUAUGAUAAUUGUUACUGUGUGCAAUUGCGUUAUACAUUUGGAAUCGUGUGUUUAAUUUUAACUUCAUAUUUUUAUAUUUAUGCUAAACGUAAACAAUUCAAAAAUAUCACAACAAAGAUACCAACAGUUUUUGGACUACCAUUUAUUGGAAUAGCAUAUAAGUUGGUACCUAUCAAAAGAUUUUUGUACAUAAUUAGUUCAUAUUUCGAAGAAUUCAAUACAUCAACAUAUUGCGCGUGGUUGGGUACGUAUCCAGUAAUUGUCACUAUAGACCCAGAUAUCAUCAAAACUGUUACAUCAUCAACGGAGUUUCUGAACAAAGCGGAAGUAUUAUAUAAUCCCAUUAAUAAGGCUAUACCGAAGGGAAUAAUUUCAAGCGAAGUUAGUACAUGGAAACACAAUCGCAAAUUAAUUAACGGCUAUUUCAAUCAUAAGUUACUGAUGAGCCUUUUUCCCCUUUUUAACCGAGGUGCGAAUACUAGCGUUAAACGGUUAAGUAAACUUUCAAAUGGUGGCGAACAUAAGCUAUUUGAUCUCAUUAAACGUGUCACUCUGGAGAUAUCCAUAGAAGCCACUAUGGGCGUUGACAUGAGAGAAGGUGCCAGUGAAAAUUAUGAGCUUAUCGAUUUAUUUACUGUCUUAAUGGAGAGAAUUGCCGAAGAUGCUGCGUGUUCUACAUUGGGGCUCGGUUUCUUAGCGCGCACACCCGAUUAUUACAAGUCGCGCCGUUCCUUGCGAAAUUUUAUGAAUAAGUUAAUAGAAGAGCGUACGAACAACAAUAAUAUGCCUAAAGUUGAAGAAUGGCAGUAUGAUGAAGAAACCAUGAGCUCAUUUUUAGAUAUUGCACUAAAUUAUUGCGAUAAUGGCAAAUUUGAAAAGGAAGACGUUAUCAUAGAAUCUAUCAGCUUGAUUGGUGCGUCGUUUGAAACAGUUGCCACUGCAAUUUAUUCGGGCUUAGUAAUGUUGUCUAUGCAUAUGGAUGUUCAAGAGAAACUUUUUCAAGAAAUAAAUUCGAUAUGGUCAGAAAAUGACAUACAAGUUACUUACGAUCAUCUGAAAGAAGUUCCUUACCUAGAUAUGGUUGUUGCGGAAACGCUACGACUUAUGCCAUCAAUACCAAUAGUCGGACGUCAAACUAUACAUCAAACGAAAUUAACGUCAGAUUUAAUUUUGCCACCAAAAAUGCAAGUGAUAGUACCAAUAUUUACUUUACAUCGUGCGAAAACUUGGUGGGGACCAAAAGCACACCUCUUCAAUCCCGACAAUUUUCUGCCCGAAAACAUAGCCAAACGAAAUCCAUAUGUCUAUAUGCCAUUUUCAAAAGGCGCCCGAAACUGCAUUGGCUGGCGUUAUGCUGAGAUCGCAGUAAGGAUUUUGCUUAUAGUGCUCGUCCAGAACUUCAAAUUCUCCACAGAAUUCAAAUAUGAAGAUCUACAUUUCGUCGACCACGUAAGCUUGUGGUAUGACGUUGAACCAAAUAUAAGAGUUGAAUUGAGAAAAUUAUGAAGCAUCAUGGAAAUUUAAAUUAAAUUAUUAAACUACUACGAAA